AUGAUUCUCACACAAUGCAGACGGACAAUACUGUCGCCAGCCUUCUCGGCAUGUCGCCGAUCCGUUUCUACUCUCCCUAACAACCCCCACAUUUCGCCUACUGUCAAUGUCCUCUCUUUCCUGCCCACGUCGCCUCCCACAGGGUCACUUGCUAUCGGUGUCACCUCGCAAAUCCCACCCACGCCGGACUCGUUGCGCGAGAAUCAAUCAUUCAUGAAAGUCCUACAAUCUGUGAUACGAGAGCAUGCGACCAAGGAUCCUGAAGUCAUUGGACAAGCUCAAGCAUAUGCCAGCUCAUCUGGAUCAUCGUUAGGUUCGGGAGGUGUCUUCUUCCCUCAGACGCAACACAAACGUAGCAAGAGACGUGCAGGAUAUGGUGGAGGAGGCGGCGCUGGCGGUGAUGGAGCUGGAGGAGCAUCUGCUCAGGGCGGCGCGGGAGGAGCAGGAAGAGGAGGCCACAUUCACGUCAGUGAUCAGAGGAACCCACCAGAUUAUGGUCGCGUCGCUUGGCCCGAGGACAUAUUCGGCAGUCUCGAGGUUGACGCAGUCGGCAACUUUGUGGGCGAGAACGGCAGCUACCAAGAGAGCGGCACAUACAGAUGCGUCACACGGGAGGGAAUCCCUUACCUUCGUGAAAAGCUCAUUGCACGACUCAAGCAAUUAGAGGCCGAGAAGGGUAAAUAA